UUCAAAAAAUUAAAAGUCUUUGUAAAGAAACGUUUUAUGACAUAUAUGAGAAGCAGGUGUCAUCCCUCAGCUGUUUUUGGUCUCAACUCAAACAUUCAUUCCCACUUUUUGUUCGUAUUCAUAUUCAUUAUAUGUCUGCACCACUCCUUUCCUUCCUUUCUUGAACUAGUCUUAGUCCACUCCACGCCUGCCUUCUAGUUCUUCCCUCUUGUUCAUAUUCUAUUUCUUAUCAGUCACCACAAUUCGAAAAUGUCUUCCUCUCUUUUAAUUUAUCAGAACUAGGAAGGAAGAAUUGAUUAUUAGAAUUUAUUGUAUUUGAAUAGAGAGGGGGAGAGGAGAAGGCCCGUUGGAGAGGCAGAGAUGAUUGAAAGGACACAUGUUAUUGUGGGCAUAGUUUGCUUUGGUAUUUUCUUAACCCUUUUCAUCUUGAUAUUAUGGCGAAGGUAUUUCCAUAAAAGUAACAAGGAAAGUCUUGAUUUAACAACCAGAACAGAUAGACUUCAAUCUGGGAUCGUCAGGCUACACCAACAAGAGGAUUUUCAUCAUCAAUUUGAAUUUGAUAGCAAAAGAACUGGAAAUUAUUACAUGUUUCGACGAGGGAUUUCUGGGAAACCUCUGUUUAGUUGGUCUGAUUAUCCAUCUUUGAUCACUGAUGCCGUUGAAAAUGGAUGGUCAAGAUUCGCUUUCACAGGUUAUAUGUCUUCUCCUUCGACUAGAUCAAGGAUAUUGGGGUUGUGCACGGUUGGUGAUCUCAAAAGAGAAGUAGAGCCCGAAACGAGUUGGGAAAUAUGUCAGGAAUCGGCCGAUUUUAUGCAGAAAAUAAGGCUAAAUCCUGGGAUGACAAAAUCUUAUUUGAACGCAAGCAAUCCAUCUAUGGCGGCUGCCUCUGUGAUCAGAACAGCUCUGCCUUUACCGGGUCCUCCUUUGGGGAACUCCUCUUUCCCUCAAGAGGCUUAUUUCGAGAUCACCAUCUUACUUUGUCGAAGCAGUGAUGAUGAAAUCCAGUCCAUUGAAAAAGUCAAAGAAGGUGAGAAGACCAAACUCAUACAAGAAAAUUCUAACGCUAAUAAAGCAACUUCGGAAUCGCUACUCCAUGUUAGCAGUACUAACAGAGUUAACAAGAUUGAGGACUUGAAGCUUGGCGGUGUUAGAGAUGACGGAAUAGUAGGUAGUGACGCCGUUAUGUUGUCUGUUGGUCUCACCGCCGGUGGUUCUCUUCCUUUGAAACUCCCCGGAAGCUAUUCUGGAAGCAUUGGCUUCAACUCUGACGGUUCUGUCUACGUUGACGGUAUAAAACUGGCGUUUGAAUCAGACAAAGCUGAAUGGGGAAGAGUAGACAAGGUAAUCGGAUGUGGGUUUGAUCCUAGACAGAAGAAAGUAUACUUCACCGUUGAUUCCGAGGUAAUCCACCUAAUUCAUUGCAAAUCAGAAGAGUUUGGGGGUCCCCUAUAUCCGACUAUAGCUGCAAACGGUGACGUUUUGGUUCUAGUCAACUUUGGACAAAGUGUGUUUAAAUAUGGGCCAGCCAAUGCCCAACGGACACCCAACCCAUGUUUCGUUGGCUCAGUAGUGAAUUCGCCUGCGGCGGCCAUAGGCUACGAAGACAGUAAAGAGCUCUUCUCAAUGGGAAGAAUCGACUCGCAGUGGCUUAAUCGGUAUACCCCUCGAGGUACCCCGAAUUCAGCUGGGAAUCCGAACAGGGCUCUGGAUUUCGACGAGGAGUCUGAGGCGGACUUGUUUGAAAUCGUCUUGGAUAGUUGCGGAAGGUCCCCAAACCUAGUGUCGUAGAUACAUAAAAUCAUGUCGUUUAACAAAUAAUAUCCCAAGAGUCAAAGAGUGAGACAACGGUGAUCGUGCCAAAAAGGAUGUUUAAUUUGAUGGACUGCAUGUUUUUGGGCGUACAAGGUUUGACUCUUAAAAUAGUCGCAAAACCUCUAAACACCGAGACACCCCAUAUAUAUUUGUGUGUGUGUUCAAGACAAGUGCAUGCAUCAAUACCAACUCUCAUGUAUGUGAUCAUUGCAACAAAAAUAUUAUAUAAAACACACCUAAUCCACAUCCAUAUACGCAACAAACCAAACAAAACACAUUUGACAACUACUAAUAUUGAUCUCCCAUUAUGUCACUUUCAUUGCGGUUAGUUUGUUACAUCUCAAAUUCAACUAGUCAUUUUCGUAAUUAGAGAACUAUCAUUAUUGUAUUGGUGAUGAACUUAAUUAACAUUAGAUAAUAAUGUUUCUAUCCUAAAUUUUAACUAAUUUUUAUCGUAUAGUCUUUUGCUCCGUUAAUUAUUACCACUUGUAAAUGUUGUAUCUUCUUAAUUUUUUUUGUACGUGUAAAAAGUUUUUAGUUAAUAUUAAAUUUGACUUAACAGAUUAGGAGUUAGUGAGAUUUAGAAAGAUAGUGUUGUACUUAGUCUACUUGUAGUUGGUUUAAUUUUCGGUUACAGUUUUAGUUAUUUUAUAACUUGUUAGUAGCUGCUAGUGUAAAAAGCAUAUCUAUAGUAAUUCAUACAUUAAUUCAA